UCUAGUCCGACACAACCUGCUCUGAGAGACAGAGUUCCUUUUAAGUGACGUUUUCUUGUGGUUUCCGAAUUGUUGGAAUUUUUAUUCUUAUUUUUUCGUGAUUUAAAUUACUAUUUUGAAAUUUCCUGUGUAUCAAAAAGUUUUUGCAAAUUUCAUAAGUUUUUGCAAAUACAUUUUUAAAAUGGAAAUAACCCAAAAAUUCUCCUCGAUAUCUGAUUGGUUUUCCAAUAAAAAUGUUCUUGUCACCGGAGGUACCGGAUUCAUGGGAAAGGUUCUAAUUGCUAAAUUACUGAUAACUUGUCCCGAUAUUGGCAAUAUCUAUUUACUAAUUAGAAAAAAGAAAAACAUCGAUUCACAGACAAGAUUGCAACUCAUACUGCAGCAAGAGCCAUUUAGAAUUCUUAAAAAACAGCAUCCGGAGCGAUUAAAGAAACUGAUAGUGAUAAACAGCGACAUGGUGGAAGACGGACUUUCUCUAUCUGUCACGGACAGGGAACGUGUCACCAGUCGAGUUUCCGUAGUUUUCCACAUGGCCGCUAACGUUAGAUUCGAUUUGUCGCUGAAAGACGCCGUCAAAACAAAUACCAUGGGCACUAUGAAUGUCGUGACGUUAGCAAAACAGAUGCCUAUGCUAGAAUCGUUCAUUCACGUUUCGACGUCUUUUUGCCAAUGCGGCGAGUCCGAAUUGGAAGAACGUGCUUAUCCAACCAACGUUUCGCCGGAAACCAUCGUGAACAUAGUAAACGCGAUGCCGGAUCAGACGUUAGAGAUAAUACAACAACAGUUGUUGGGAGAUCAACCGAAUACGUACGCCUACAGCAAGUCACUCAGUGAGAACUUUGUGUCGAAAUGUGGACUACCCGUAGGAGUUAUACGACCGUCAAUCGUGGGAGCCUCUUGGAAGGAACCCGCGCCCGGCUGGGUAGACAAUAUGAACGGCCCGACCGGAUUAAUUGUCGGCGCGGGUAAAGGAGUAAUACGAUCUAUGCUCUGCAACGCGAACUUGUCAGUUGACAUGAUACCCUGCGAUAUGGCAGUAAACGCCAUAAUCGCCUUCGCCUGGCACGUUGGAACGGAGAAAUCCAACAAGCCAAUAUUUUUAAACGCCACGGCGAACAAGGAAAAUCUGAUAUCGUGGGGCAAUGCUUUAGAAAUCGGCAAGAAACACACGCUCAACAAUCCCUUCUCGCAGCUGCUUUGGUAUCCCGGUGGGAGAUUAACUUCCUCAAAGAUAUUACAUUGGCUCGCCGUUAUAUUGUUUCACAUUAUACCCGCUUAUUUCUUGGAUAGUCUGCUACUUCUGACCGGAAAAAAACCCUUUUUAAUACGAGUGCAAAAUCGAGUGAAGACCGGAUUAGAAUUGUUGCAGUACUACACCAUGAAGCAGUGGAUCUUUCGCAACGACAAUCUGCGCGACCUGCAACAACGAUUAUGCCCAUCAGAUAGAGAUACAUUUUUUAUGGACACGAAGUUAUUCAGUUGGAACGAGUACGUGUUGAAUUACAUUUUAGGUGUGAGACAAUACUGUUUGAAGGAACAUCCGUCAACGCUACCACGCGCGAAACGGGUUUUGAUGUAUCUGUAUCUCGCCGAUUGUCUGCUCAAAUUACUAUUCGGAAUUUUUAUCGUCUAUUUGAUGUACACCUGGAUGUCCUCUACUAAAUCUAUUACGGCGACACUGAUCUAAUAUAUGAGGAACGACAAGAAUCAGCUUUUGCCCGAACAAUUACUCCUUAGUCUAUUUAAGUUUACUUAAAGUUUUAGUCUAUUUAAGUUUACUUAAAUAGACUUAAUUAACAUAAAUAUACGGAACGAAAGAUUGACAGUAAGGAGUAAUUGUUUGGGCAAAAGCCGAUUCUUGUCGUUCCUUAUAUAUAUAUAUAUAUUUCGUUAUAUAAUAUAUAUAUAUAUACAUAUAUAUAUAUACAUAU